AUGGAAGAAUUCAAAUACAAUAUGAUCCCACUCAGCUAUUCUCCUCGCCAGGUCAACAAGAUCAAAUCCCUGGAGGAGAGCCAUUCGGCAUUCGAGAAGGCCAAUGAAGCCCAUGAGCUACUGGCUAAGUUGAGAGAACUGCUCAUCAAGUACAAGAAGAACGACGAGUUUGGCUUCUCGCUCCUCCACCGUCAUUUCCCACUGGAGCUGGAUAUUGACUGCAAGCAAUUACUUGUCGAAUUGGACAAUGUCGCCACUCCUUGGGCUCUUCUCGACCUGGACAUGCACACCGACAUCGAUCCGACCAAACAUCAACUUGACGUGGCCGGCUAUAUCAAGUACAACAAUGGUGUGAUCCAUCCUACAUCAUGGAUGGUCGUGGAGACAGAUGGCAGCAUCGGAUUGAUGCCGUAUGAGUUUGCCUUUGUCCCAAACACAUCUACCUUCACAAAGGCGAUUACUCCAGCUCAACUCCACAGUUCAGGUUUCAUUCGAGCCUACGUCGUCCUUGUUAAGCAGCUGGAGCUUCAAGACGUGGUUGCUCUUACUCUUCUACCCGAUAUUGACAUCGAUGGUGCGGUCGAACACACAGUUGGCAAGGCGAAUAUCCUCACACUGAGAGGGCAGCACAACGUCGCUUCACCAGAGCAUCCUGCAGACGAAAAACAUCGUCACAACAUUCAGGCUUCGUUCUUCUGGCCAACCAACGCUGAUGGAAUGGUCCCGUACAAGGCCAAAGGUUCAGAUUGCGAAGGCUGGGAGACGUGCAAAGCUACUGUCGCAGCAACAGGGAAGGUCAAGGAUGAUCAGGCAUUGUCUCGAAAUACAGCAGGUGUGGACAGUAUGCAUGGUCAGAUCAGCGCUGCUGUUUACUAG